UGCUCCCUCCGUAAAGGACCGUCUAGCUCCGUGUUCGAGCACUGCUCCGCUGCUGUCAGCGUCGGACUCAGAUCUGUCUGCACAAUGGACGGAGGACACCGCUGAGGAUCCAUGCUGGCUGGAGUUUAUCAGGAAUAUCUUCUUUUAACUUGGGGUUUUGUCCUCUGGAUUCAGGUUUAACAAUUAGAGAGUUUUUUUGAAACUGUAAACUUCACUGAGGUUUGUACAACUCACGUUACUGGAUCGCGGAGAACACGACUGAGAAGACUGCGACUGUUGUUUUGAAGUCAGAGGAUGGGGAGCCGGGGGCACUACCGGUACCACUGGCAGAGCCACAAUGUCAAACUCAGCGGAGUGGAUGACAUGGUGCUGCUCAGCAAGAUCAAUGAGGACGCCAUCGUGGACAACCUCAAGAAGAGAUACAUGGAUGACUACAUCUUUACAUAUAUUGGUCCUGUACUCAUCUCCAUCAACCCUUUCAAGCAGAUGCCCUACUUUGGGGAUAAAGAAGUUGAGAUGUAUCAAGGCGCAGCUCAGUAUGAGAACCCUCCUCACAUCUACGCUCUGGCAGAUUACAUGUACAGAAACAUGAUGAUUGACAGAGAGAACCAAUGUGUCAUCAUCAGUGGAGAGAGCGGAGCAGGGAAGACGGUGGCAGCCAAAUAUAUCAUGGGCUACAUCUCCAGAGUGUCAGGGGGCGGACCCAAAGUACAGCACGUCAAAGACAUCAUCCUCCAGUCCAACCCACUGCUAGAGGCGUUCGGCAAUGCCAAGACAUUGAGGAACAACAACUCCAGCAGAUUUGGUAAAUACUUUGAGAUCCAGUUCAGCUCCGGUGGCGAACCAGAUGGAGGGAAAAUCUCCAACUUCCUUCUGGAGAAAUCACGUGUUGUCAUGAGGAACCCUGGAGAGAGGAGUUUCCAUAUAUUCUAUCAGUUGAUCGAAGGAGCCAGUGGAGAGCAGAAGAGCAGCCUGGGAAUCACAAGCCUUGAUUACUACACUUACCUCAAUCAGUCUGGUUCCUACAAAGUGGACGACAUAAACGACAAGAGUGACUUCCAGGAGACGACGCAUGCCAUGGAUGUGAUCGGCAUCUCUGCAGUGGACCGCUCCAUGGUGCUUCAGAUUGUGGCCGGAGUCCUGCACCUGGGAAAUAUCACAUUCAAGGAAGCAGGCAACUAUGCUGCUGUGGAGAGUGAAGAGUUUCUAGCCUUUCCUGCGUUUCUGCUUGGAAUUGACCAGAAUCGUCUGAAGGAGAAACUGACGAGCCGGAAGAUGGACAGCAAGUGGGGAAGCACAGUGGAGUCCAUUGACGUGACGCUGAAUGUAGAGCAGUCUUGUUACACGCGGGACGCCCUCGCCAAAGCCCUGCAUUCAAGAGUGUUUGAUUUCCUGGUCGAGUCCAUCAACAAAGCCAUGGUGAAAGAUCAUCAGGAGUUUAACAUCGGAGUGUUGGACAUUUAUGGAUUUGAAAUUUUCCAAAAAAAUGGAUUUGAACAGUUCUGCAUCAACUUUGUGAAUGAGAAACUGCAGCAGAUAUUCAUUGAGCUGACUCUGAAGGCAGAGCAGGAGGAGUAUGUGCAAGAGGGCAUCAAGUGGACGCAGAUCGAGUACUUCAACAACAAGAUUGUCUGUGACCUCAUCGAGAGCAAAAGUCCUCCUGGCGUCAUGUGCAUCCUCGAUGAUGUGUGCGCCACCAUGCACGCAGUGGGCGAGGGAGCAGACCAGACGAUGCUGCAGAAGCUCCGGGUCCAGAUCAACACCCACGAACACUUCAACAGCUGGAACCAGGGCUUCAUCAUCCACCACUACGCUGGCAAGGUGUCCUACGAUGCAGAGGGUUUCUGCGAGAGGAACCGAGACGUCCUUUUUUCUGACCUCAUUGAGCUGAUGCAGAGCAGUGAAAUUGCCUUUAUCAGAGGACUGUUUCUAGAGAGCCUCAACACUGAAAAGAAGGGUCGGCCCACAACUGCAGGCAGCAAAAUAAAGAAACAAGCCAACGAUUUGGUGAGCACACUGAUGAAAUGUACUCCGCACUACAUCCGCUGCAUCAAACCUAACGAAACCAAGAAGCCCAGAGACUGGGAAGAGAGCCGAGUAAAGCACCAAGUGGAGUACCUGGGUCUGAAGGAAAACAUCAGGGUGAGGCGUGCUGGCUACGCCUACCGCAGAGUCUUCAAGAAGUUCCUCAACAGGUACGCCAUUCUGACCAAAGAGUCCUGGCCAACGUGGCGAGGAGACGAGAAACAAGGCGUCUCUCAUCUCUUACGGUCUGUCAACAUGGACCAGGAUCAGUUCCAGCUUGGACGAACCAAGAUCUUCAUUAAAGCCCCUGAGUCGCUCUUUCUGCUGGAAGAGACGAGGGAGCGCAAGUUCGAUGGCUACGCCAGGACCAUUCAAAAAGCCUGGAGGAAAUACAUGGCGCGCAAGAAGUAUGUCCAGAUGAGGGAAGAAGCCUCUGACCUGUUGGUGAACCGUAAAGAGAGGCGGCGACACAGCCUCAAUAGGAACUUCGUAGGUGACUACCUGGGCAUGGACGACAGGCCCGAGCUCCGGCAGUUCCUAGCCAAGAGAGAAAAGAUAGAUUUUGCAGACAAAGUCACAAAAUAUGACCGCCGCUUCAAGGGAAUUAAGAGGGACUUGAUACUGACCCCAAAGUCUCUGUACAUGAUUGGAAGAGAAAAGGUGAAACAAGGACCAGAGAAAGGGCAGGUGACAGAGGUGCUGAAGAGGCGGAUUGAUGUGGAGAAGAUCUUGGCCGUAUCUCUGAGUACGAUGCAGGAUGAUUUCAUGAUCAUGCACGAGCAGGAGUAUGACAGCCUGCUGGAGUGUGUCUUUAAGACAGAGUUCAUCAGCUUACUGGCCCGCAGGUUUGAGGAGAAAACCCAGAGGAAGCUCCCUCUCAAGUUUAGCAACACACUGGAGAUGAAGUUGAAGAAGGAGAACUGGGGCUUCUUGAGUGGGGGCGGCUCCCGGCAGGUCCUGUUCGUUGGGGGUCAGGGAAACAUGCCAGUACUGAAGCCUUCGAACAAAUCUCUGCAGGUCAGCGUCGGCCCCGGGCUUCCGAAGAACACACGACCCACUAGGAAGAGCUUCUCUCAGGUUCACUCUAAUGCGUCCAGAACUCACCAGAACAUCCCCUCGAGGGCGGCGCCAGGACCUCCAGCCGUUGCUCACCAGAAUGGUGGUCUUAAAAACACCAACCACGUAGCCAAUCAGAGGAACUCGCAGCAUAACAACCAGAGGAAUCCCCCACCUGACAACACGACACGCCCCUUCCUGCCCAGCAACGUCAACCAGCUGAAGGAGCGAGGCGGCAGCCGGCCACAGCCCAAUCUGGACUGUCUGAAAGUGCCGGAUCAAGGAGCUGCAGGCAAUGGAGACAGACGGCCAACUUCAAAUGGAGGAAUAGCCCACAGACCAUCAGCCAGCAGGCCUGCGCCGGGAGGAGGGCGACCCAAACCUGCACCUAAACCCAAACCCCAGGUGCCCCAGUGCAAAGCUCUAUAUGCUUACGACGCCCAGGAUACAGACGAGCUCAGCUUCAAUGCUGACGAACUUAUUGACAUCAUCAAAGAGGAUGCGUCCGGGUGGUGGACUGGACGACUUCGUGGAAAGCAGGGUCUUUUCCCCAACAACUAUGUUACCAAGAUCUAGGAGCUGCCGGUUUACAGCUCGAGGAGGAGGAGGAGGAGGAGAAGAGCCUGCUGCAUCCCCACUGCUCCUACUGGAGGACGGGAUGGAGCUGACAGUCAGAGAGAAGCACCGCAAGACUUCUUGAGAAGAGAAACUCACGCAUCCUCCACUGCUGCCUAGGAGUGAAGGAAUGUACCUCUCGGUGACACCACCAGACCAGAAGACUUGAAAUGAGGCUCUGCUUUAAAGACAAGAAGACUGCUUGACCCUGGGGUCUGUUUUCCUCCACAGUCCCUUUCAGUACGGAACUAAACUAUUUAUUGUAUUUAUAGCUUUCUGUAUUCUCCUUACUGUCAUUUAUAUCUUGCUGAGAGUUUGAGCUCAAACUUUUUUGACGAAUGAAGUAUGCUUAAUCUGCGGGACCAGGCUGGUGAUUUUUAUUUUCAAAAGAAGGUUUGAUUGCUGAAUCAAAGGUGAUCACCUCAGUGGCAAAGCUGAAGCGACUGCUGCUUUACCAGGAAUAUUUAUUUUGGUGCAAAACUGUAACUUCUUACAGGGGACGGCGUUUCGGUAAAUCAUCACACUGUGAUUUUUAAUGAUUUUAAAUACCAAAGCUAUAACAAUUUUAAUCGGUCUGAAACACCCCAUUUAGAAGGCAAUGUGGUCAAGUGGUGAAUCACCUGGAGAAACAGCUUCAUCUUUACUUGUUUGUUGUUUUUCUAUCACACCAGUAUAUUUUAGACACAGAGUCAAGGCAAUGUAUACUGUAACCUGAGCAUGCGGUCUGUGGUGUAUGAGCACUUUAUUGGUACAGGUACGACCUUGGACACAGACAUCUUCACUCUCAUGCCACAGCCGGUAAGUCAAGUCUAUGAAGGACACGUUGUAAAGCGAGAAAUAAGCUGAGUUACUGAGAGAAUCAUUUGUUUACAUGAAAUGAUAACAAAAGGCAUUUUAGAUCUGAUUCUGUAUAUGUGUUCAUAUUUUAGGAGUACGCCUGUUGUUGGUUAGAGUUUAAAUUAAUGUUUUUUGUAUUUUCUUUGAAGGAUCUUAGUUUUCAAAUUUUCUCUGCUUUUGAUACUCAAAAGGCUGCUUUUUGUUCUGGUUCAGCUCCAGAUUUAUAAUAAUGGUUAGCACAGAUUAAGGUGAAUGGAUUUUCGUUCGUGCAAAAGUUGUUUUUGGUGAAAGACAUUUGUUGACAUUUUUCCGUGGCACUACAAAUAAUUCCUUUUGCUUCUGCCCGAUUGUUUCUGCACAUCUUUUGCACUGCCGUUUCAAUACUUACACAUUCCUUAGUAUUUUUUUAAUCAAAUAACCACAUUAUGCUCUAGUCAGUAAAAACAAAAACACCUGGGACUUCUGUCAUAGAUCUUCUGCAUCUGCAAAUAUGGUUUGAUCUUGGAUGGUUGAAAACAUCCUUGUGCAAUAUAAAAAAAUGGAGGAGUCUUUUAAUAAAGCAUGUAAUAUUGUA